AUGGCCGAUUUAAAGAAAUUGUUUAAUAAACGCACAGCAAUAAAAGGCAUUCUCACGCGUCAUUAUACAUUCAUCAGCGAUAUAAACAACCAACAAAAGCUGUAUGAAAUAAAAUCUAGACAUAAAAAUUUUGAAAAACUAUUAGAUGAUUAUAUGGAAAUUCAGGUAGAAAUAGAAACUUUACAAGAUGAGGAAUCAGAUGCAAUAGAAACAGAGAACUUUGAAAGAAAAUAUUACGAAACUUCAGCUAUGUAUUUAGAAUUUUUAAAUAUCACGACAAAUAAUACUUCAGACAUGAACACCAACAUCCCUUCAAUAAAUCCAAUAAAACAAGUACCCAUACCACAACUCAUCAUCCCAAAUUAUUGUGGUGAGAUAAGAGAGUGGAAUAAUUUCAAAAAUUUAUUCCUCUCCGUGAUUGAUAAGAAUAGUACGUUGUCAAAAAUCGAAAAAUUCUACUAUUUGAAGUCUUAUCUAAAGGGAGAAGCUGCGAGCUUAAUUUCAUCAUUACCAAUCAAGGAGGAUAAUUAUGAAAUCGCUUGGAUGACACUCGAAAAACGAUAUGAAAAUAAAAUGCUAACUGUCAAUCACUAUCUAAAAAUUUUAAACUACAAUACGAUUACGAGAGAUAAUAUCAAGGAUUUUCUCAGUAAAUUACAACAAUCUUUAGAUGCAUUGAAUGCAAUGCAAGUUGAUAUAACUGAGGUAAUAUUAAUAUAUUUAAUUACUCACAAGAUGGACAAUUCCUUAAGAAUGGCAUGGGAAUUAAGCAGACAAACCACUGAAAUACCAAAAUUGAUGGAUUUGAUGGACUUUUUAAACUAUAGAUCAGUUGCGUUCGAAAAUGUCAAAGAUAAAAAUACUCAUGCAUAUAAUACGACGCCUCAUUCUCAUAUUAAAAAGACGUCUCAACUAUCAACUUCUCCAGCCUCAGAAACUUGCCCGUUGUGUGAUAAAAAUCAUAAUUUACAAGGAUGUAGGAAUUAUCUAAGCAUGACGCCGCGACAACGAAGUGACUAUGUGAAGUCUAAUAAGCUUUGUUAUAAUUGUUUAUAUCCUUUUCAGAUCCCUCACAAAUGUACCAAGGUCACUUGUAAAUUUUGUCAAAAACGUCACCAUCAUACAUUACAUAUGAAUAUGCAUCAUAGGGCAGGCACAUCCACUCAAGGUGAAAUAAAUCCAGUGACUCUAUCUACAAACGAGCCACGUAUAAACGAGACAGAGACGCCAACCCCACAUGCAGCUGCAUUAGUUGCUAGACCUACUCAAUACGCAGGUACUGUAUUAUUAGGCACUGCCAUAGUCAAUUUACGUAGUCGAAACGGCAACUGGAUUAACGCACGCGUGUUAUUAGACUCGGGUAGCGAAGUAAAUUUUGUAACUAAACACUUAACAGAUAAAUUACAAUCCACACUGAUUCCAAAUCAUUGUGUAGUACAAGGUAUUGGUAGUUUGCCUAAAACUACGCAUUACUAUUCUACUUUAAAAAUAUUUUCAACAACCUCUGACGUUACUUAUAGACUUAAUUGUAAUAUUACUGAAAGGAUUACCGUUCCACUUCCUCAUAUGGAUAUUAACAUUGCUAGGUGGAAUAUAUCUACGGAAUUUACACUUGCCGAUCCUCAGUUUUUCAUAAGAAACGACAUUGAUAUACUCAUCGGAGCAGAGUUAUUUUUCCAUAUUGUUAAUGGAGAAACUAUCUCUUUAGGAUCUAGACGACCCUCUAUGAUUAAAUCCACAUUAGGGUGGCUGAUAUCAGGUCCAGUAGAAUUUAGAGGUGAUAAUAAUACGGUUGUUUCUCUUUGCUCUUACAAUGAUAUUUGCUGUAAGGACUUGUUGACCAAGUUCUGGGAGCAAGAGGAAAUUAGAGAUCCUCUACCAGUAGUUACUACGUCGCAACAAAAAUGCGAGGAUAUUUACGUGAGUACUACGGUUAGAGAUAGCGUAGGCCGAUUCAUAGUCAAUUUACCGGUCGACGAACAAAAGUUACAAGGUAUAGGAAAUUCGUUUAAUGUCGCCUACAAAUUUUUACUUGCUUUGGAAUCUAGGUUUAACAAAUUACCAAACUUAAAACGUCAAUACAAGGAAUUUAUCAACGAAUAUAUUGAGUUAGGUCAUGCAUACAUUAUACCUAACUUUCGUUAUAAUGAAAAUGAGAUUGCAUGUUAUCUUCCACACCAUGCGGUGAUACGUGCCGAGGCAAUUUCUACAAAGCUGCGUGUAGUAUUUAAUGCUAGCGCCAAAACGUCUUCCGGGCUGUCACUUAAUGAUAUUCAAUACGAUUGCCCAGACAUUCAUACAGACAUUGUCGAUAUUUUAUUGAGAAUUCGUUUAUUAAAAUACUUUUUUUGCUGUGAUAUAGUUAAAAUGUUCCGGCAAAUAAAUAUAAAUAAAUUACAGACAUCAUUGCAACGAAUAUUAUGGCGUGACAACCCUACAGAAGGGUUAAAAUGCAUAGAGUUGACAACAGUCACUUAUGGUACUAAGUCAGCGCCAUAUCUCGCAUUUCGUACAUUAAUCGAACUCGCACGUCGAGAAGGUGACUCUUUUCCACUGGCUUCUCCAGCUAUUUUCCAUAAUACUUACAUGGAUGACAUCUGUUACGGUGCAAAUACACUUGAGGAGUGUAAGGAAGUAAUAUCUCAAUUACAGUCACUUCUACGGAGGGGAGGCUUUCAGUUGCACAAAUGGUCAGGUAACCAUAUUGAAAUUUACAAUCAUAUAAAAUCACUACAUAAUGACAAUAGUCCAAGUAGUAAUACGCUUUUCACAGAUAAGGAAAAUAUUAAUAUUCUAGGUGUUACAUGGAAUAAGAACAGUGACGAAUUUAUUUUAAAUAUUCCAAUCAAUACUUUAAGAGUUUACACAAAACGGUCUAUUCUUGCUUUUGUUGCGAAAAUUUAUGAUCCCAUGGGUAUUUUAGGACCUGUCGUAAUAAGAGUUCCGUUGGCUAGUCAUAUGGGAGGUAUUUAUGAAGCAGGGAUAAAGGCAGCUAAGAACUUGAUGAAGCGGCAGUUAGGUAAUACAAGGCUUCCUUAUGAAGAAUUAAAUACGAUAGUCAUUCAAAUAGAAGGGAUCUUGAAUUCUAGGCCGUUAUGUGCGAUGUCAGAUUUACCUAAUGACAUGACCUGUCUUACCCCAGCUCAUUUUUUGAUAGGCAACUCUUUGAUGGAUAUACCUGAGCCUAACACGAUGCAUAUUCAACACAAUAGAUUAUCACUUUUUCAAAGAAUUACAGUAUUAAAACAACAAUUUUGGCGUCAAUGGAAAUUACAAUAUUUAGCAGAGUUACAAAGUCGUCCUAAAUGGAUGAAUGUUAGGAAAAAUAUACAGAAGGGUGACCUUGUUAUAGUUAAAGAUGAGGAUACUCCUCCCAGUGUUUGGUCGUUGGGAAGAGUAAUCAAUAUAUACCCUAACCAGGAUGAUGAUCUCGUAAGGGUGUCUCAAAAGAAAGGUGACAUUUGUUUUGGUUAUUUCGUGAACGGAACUACUCUAAAGGGUUCGGGAGGUAUGUCAUUCGGUAGCCUAGCUUCUGCAAAUUUAGUCGCUAUAGAGCAUUUCUCUGGACAUGACUGUGCGUUGUGCGUACGCGAAUUUUACAAAAACGGUUAUACAGAAGAUUAUAAUCUGCCACUACGUUUGGCGUUAGUGGACUUUGAGAAAACCGGUCAAGACAUGGGCGGUACUGCAGUCCCUCCAGCGGUGCCAGAUUUACUGUAG